CUCUUUCCCUACCUGAGCUCUUUUUUUCAGUUAUUGAUAUAUUCAACCAUCAUCAUGUUUCUUUUUUUAAGGGCUUGUCAUUCCUUAUCGAAAAAUUUAAUUCUCGCUAUUUCUUUCACGAUCUGCUACCAAUUUCGAAACCAAUUUUGUUUUGGCAAUCGAUAAUAAAAUAAUGGAUAUUAUUUUCAAGGAGAAUUUGCGUAGUUAAUUAGUUUGGAGAUAAGAUUAUUUAUUUGUGGGGUACAAUUGAAUUGGAGUAAUAAUAUCCUAUGCCGGAAUCUUGCGAAGUUGAGCAGGUAGUAGGAAGUAGGAGGAGGAGCAGUUUUAUGUCACCGAUUAGUCCAGUGGAGGAGGAUAAGGUGUAUAGAUUUGUUCAACUCUUUGAGACACGGUCAUCCAUAGAAAUUAAGGAAUGGUUCGAGAUUUCCCGCUGGGUCAAGUAUGAACAAGACCUGGAUGAGAUUGGACGUCUCGGCCAGCCCCACGUGGCUCCCAUACCGUACUGUUUCACGGCAAAACUGAACCAUUUAAUAAACAAUAGAUCUGUACUUUUACUCGACCCAUCAGAGAGCGAUCUACCCGCGACAUUUCGAAACGUUGUGGAUGAACUUCUCGUCAAACAAUUUGCUGAGGGUGCCGAACUGGAUGACAUAUUCCAAGACUUAUUACUUUUCACUAAACCGCAAGGCACAGUCCUGGCGGAAGGGAGGAAAGGAUCGUCUGCUAGAAUUCGAAGGGGUUCGCUCAGAGUCUUGUCUGGUAAGGGGGAGGGGGAGGAAGAAAUUGAUAAAUUACCCAGGAAAGACAGUAUUCGCAUGAAGAGACUUGUCCGCCAAAAUACGGCUCUCAUUCCCCCCAGUAGAGACAGGAGAGUCCUCAAGAGAAGGGGGACAUUUUCCGGCCUUGCAAAAUUCCUCCAGGACGACACUCCCGCAAAAGAUGAAAAGAGUCGGCGCGUUUCCGCCCAAAUUGAUGAUAAGGAGGGUACCCUUAUCCUCUUGAGGGGAGGAUGCACAACAGUGGGAAUGGGGGCGAUGGUUUUGGUGCGAUUUUCCAACUCCGGUGGAGAAGAGAGUUCCAGAAAUCCUUUCCGUUUUCUUAUUAUUUUCCUAAGUCCGGAAGGAAUGAGAGAAGAAUUUACCGAGAUUGGAAGAUCCGUUGGUACUUUGAUAAGCGACAAUAAAUUCAAUAAAGGCAUGCUCUCCGCCGAAAAUAAGGAAGGAAUCCUCACCGCCUUCUCCGACUUCUUUGACCGCUGUAUCAUCCUACCCCCGGGGAUUGGGUAUAUCCACAACUUCUGCCAACUUCUUCCCCUCCACGUUCUCCAGGAAAAGGAAAUCCUCAUCCUCCAGAUAAGGGACGAUAUCGACAACAAAGACCGCCUCUCCAGUAUCGGCAGCAUAUUGCCGCCACAAAGCGAUGAACUUGGGGCAUUAAAUUCACCCCAAACCUUUCCGACAACCUUUCACCGCCAUCAUAAAUUAUUCGGCGGGAUGAUUAACGAUCUAAAAGAGAAGAUAUUAUGGUACAAGUCUGACCUUGUGGAUGGUUUCAACUCACAGACCGUGUCGACCACAAUUUUCCUAUAUUUUACCACCAUCGCACCCAACGUCACAUUUGGUGGUUUACUGGAAGAAAAAACGGCGGGAUUUAUCGGCGUGUCGGAAACCCUGGUGGCAGCGUCGUCUUCCGGCAUAAUUUUUGCCCUGUUGGGCGGACAGCCGUUAAACGUUAUUGCUCCGACCGGUCCCCUGCUCAUUUUUGACGAACAAUUGUUCCUCUUUAUGGAAAUGCAUGCAAUUGAAUUCCUCCCGGCUCGGGUCUGGAUAAGUUUGUGGGUGCUCAUCAUCACCAUCGUGGUUGCCUCGUUGGAAGGAAGUGCCAUCGUGAAAUACAUUUCCCGCUUCACGAUGGAAAUAUUCUCCGCCCUUUCGUCACUUAUUUUUGUCUAUGAGGGUUUAGAAGUCUCGUAUAGGAUAUUUCUGGCCAAUCCAUUAACCAAAAAUGGCGGGAUGGCGGGUUCCGACGAGUACGAGGGGGAAAGUGAACAGAAAUCAAAUUUCGUUGUGGGGCAACCCAACACGGCUAUAAUGUCGGCGUACCUAAUGUUUGGAACGUUUAUUAUUGCAUACAAACUAAAACGUCUCAAGUUAACUAAUUUCUUUCCGAAAAAGAUUCGCGACAUACUUUCCGAUUUUGGCGUCCCGGUAGCAAUAAUCUUUAUGGUGAUGAUUGACUACCGUUGUGGCGUCAAGACGACGAAAACUCAAGUUCCUUCCGGUCUUAGUCCAACCAUGCCGGGAAAAAGGGGUUGGGUCGUGUCACCGUUUGGGAUUGAGAAACCGUUCAAUUAUUGGAUGCCGUUGAUCACUAUAUUACCCGGAGGCCUGAUUUUCCUUAUUAUGUUUAUGACGGUGGAAAUUUGCGAGAAAAUCUUACUAACUCGGGGCGGUUUUAAGAAAGCAUUCGGUCUUCACUGGGAUCCCGUUGUGCUCGCGGUGACAAAUUUGGCGUGCGGAAUUUGUGGCCUUCCCUGGAUGAGUAUAGCUGUGUUGAGAACGUUCGCCCAUGUUGAGGCGUUGACGGUAUACUCGAAAAAUAAUCCGCCCGGAAUGCCACCAACUAUAGUAAAAAUUCGGGAAAACCGUCUCUCCGGACUCUUCAUGAGUGUAAUGAUGGGGGCCUCUGUCUUUCUGGCGCCAGUUUUGAAACUAAUCCCUGUUCCGGUCUUGUUUGGAAUUUUUCUCUUUAUGGGAGUAACUUCUUUCAAACCGACGCAACUUUGUGAUCGAAUCGUGCUCUUUUUCACCUCGAAGGACGCUCACCCUCAAACUGUUUAUGUUCGACGGGUCCCCACAUGGAAAAUCCACUUGUACACUGUUAUCCAAAUAAUUACACUUGUCUUCCUCUGGGUGGUUAAGUCGAUUAAGGAAAUUGCAAUUUUCUUCCCCGUCGUCUUAAUGCUACUUCCUCCAAUCAGGCAGUCUUUAAAAUUCCUAUUUACCGAAGCGGAGCUGGACGCGCUUGACCAUGAAACCCGCCCACUCCCUGCCCAACCCCCUACUACUUCCGACAAACAUGCAAUGUAAACUGACAAUCAAUCAGACAUGAUUUGUCGUAGAAUCUAAAACUGUACUACGUAAUACACGUACAGCCAUUCGUAGUCUUGGUGAUAACCUCGGAUGCUCAUAACACCUUGUGCUCUUAGACCCAUGUAUACAUAUAUUUUAAGAAGAACGAGAAAACAAUAACAUCCCAUAGAAUUGUAGCAAAAGACAAUGAAAUUAUAAAUACCCUUCCAUUAAGAUCAGUCUUAGCGUAGUAAAAUACUUAUUAGAAACGUGACAACGAUGUGUUUACCGGAAGUAUGUGUAUGAAAGACAAUGAAUGUAAUUUAAAGCAAUAAAGUGUACAAGACUACUUUGAAAAACAGA